UCCUAUCCCCGUUUCCUCUCAGAUCCCCUCAUCCAGGAGCGAUGCGGAGACAAUAGGAGUGGGGCUAGAGAAGCCUGCGACAUGCCUAGUGGUCCGCUGAGCAAUGACAAUUUACCUCUAGACCGGGUGUCAGCAUAGAAAUAUAAGAAUGUGAAUAUAUCCGGUGAAAAUACAUUUUAGAUCAGCACGCACGGCUAUGCGCUCCUAUCAUCUUCCGGAUUUAUUUUUUAUCUGGCUUCACUGGGCUGAUUUCAGAGCCCUCAUAUGUUGGACCUGGACGGGUUGAAUGACACAACCCGUUAGACAUCACUUCUGUCCUGAUUGUGCAUCCAUCCCCUAAACCUCUCCCCUGGUCCGGUCUGGUCCUGUCCUGACCCAAACCCUAUCCUCCAGUUUUUUACCUUAACUACUCCCGAGUAUGAGUUCAUCUCCGUUAGGUUCCCGUGGCAACAUGGACAUUCUGGAGGAGUUGCAGCUGAUUGCCGCCCAGAACCUGGAGAGGUUAGAGGUCAACAAGUACUAUGAUGUUAUCAGGGAGCUGGGAAAGGGCACCUACGGCAAAGUGGACCUGGUCAUACACAAGAUCAGAGGCACCAAGAUGGCCCUGAAGUUCCUAAGGAAGAAGACAACCAAGCUGAAAUCUUUCCUGAGGGAGUACAGCAUCUCUCUCUACCUCUCUCCCUGUCCCUUCAUCAUUAACAUGUUUGGCAUCGCCUUUGAAACGGACGACUACUACGUGUUUGCCCAGGAGUAUGCCCUGGCUGGGGACCUCUUCGACAUCAUCCCUCCACAGGUGGGUCUCCCAGAAACGGUUGCUAAGCGCUGUGUGCACCAGGUUGCAAUCGCCCUGGACUACCUCCACUGUAAAAAGCUGGUGCAUCGAGACAUCAAGCCAGAGAACAUCCUCAUCUUCGAUCGAGAGUGCCGCAAGGUUAAACUGUCCGACUUUGGUAUGACGCGACGCGCCGGCUCGCCGGUCAAGCGGGUGAGUGGGACCAUCCCCUACACGGCCCCGGAGCUGUGCGACGCGUCCCGCCACGAGGGCUUCUGCGUGGACUACAGCACAGACGUGUGGGCCUUUGGCGUCCUCCUCUUCUGCAUGCUGACUGGUAAUUUCCCCUGGGAAAAGGCCCUGCCCUCUGACUCCUUCUACCAGGAGUUCACCCGCUGGCAGAGACGCCGCACGGGCACGGUGCCCUCACAGUGGCGCCGCUUCACCGAGCAGGCCCUCCGGAUGUUCCGCCGGCUUCUGUCUGUGGAGCAGGACAGACGAUGCUCCGUCAAGGAGGUGUUUGGCUACUUCAGCCACAGCUGGAUGCUGGACGGAGGCAGCAAUGGGAACGGAGGGGGCGGAGAGAGAGAGAGGGGCGGAGGAGGAGGGGUUAGGGCGGAGGGGGAAGGGAGCAGCACGUCGUCAUCGUCUGGAGAGGAGGAUGAGGAGAUGCUGGUGGAGAGGAUGAAACAGCAGACCCUCUCGCCCCUGUCAGCAGUGGCUGGGGAGAGAGGGCCGGGGGGGACGAAGGCAGGGAUGAUGGAGUCAGGUGGAGGACACCAUUUUGUGUCUGUUUCCACCAGCAGCUCUGUGUCCUCUACUAACAGCUAUGAACGCAUGUCCAGAGACAGCAACAGCAACCAGCCGCCUGGACGUAUUUUGGUGGCUACACCCAUAGAGAUCUGUGUCUGAGAGGGGUGUGUGGGACCUGGGAAGGACUGAGAUACUGCCUCCAGUACACAUGCUGUCGUAGAACUGUACACAUACACACACAUACUGUACAUAAAUACAAAUCCAUCCACACAUACAAAAUCUCACACAUUCUCAAACAUGCAUACACAGAGACAAACAUAUACUGCUCUAUACUAUGAAUAUACUUUAUCCUUACUAAAAUAACCUUCUGAAUGAGUCCAAAGCAGUGGCAUUCAGUGGGUGAAGAUUUUACCAAAUGAAAAGGGAUCAACUCAAGACAUCCUGAUGAUUCUGGUCAGCGUCUUUGGGUAACAUUAUUCAGAGGUUAGUCCUUCUACAGACACGACAAAUCUUUAUAGAGACUCAAAGACAGACGCAUAGACUCAAUGUACAAACUGAACCAUCAGCCAACCAACAAACACAGACCGAUACAAAGACUUGACAUGAAAAGAGGUUCAAAUGCUGGUAUUCAGAUGACGACCAAAAUGUAUUUCUUAAAGCAAUAUAUUUCCCCCAAAAAGACUGAAACUGAAUUGUGAAAAACAAACAAAAAAAUACAGAUUUGUCUUGGAGGAACCAUUUAUGUUAAUACCAAGAGAUAGAGAGAUGUUCUAUUGAUUUGUAUUUUUGAAGCUGUGGAAAUGCCAUGUAAAAUGUUCCUCACUGAAAUAAUAUCAUCAAAAUUAACAUUGCAUUGCAAUGUGAACCUGAGUACAAAGUGUGUGUGUGUGCGUGUGUGUGUACAGUAUAUGUGUGUGUUAAGCAUGUGUAUCACUAUCUUCCUUGUUUAUAGAAAAUAUAUAUGAUUAGGUGGAUUUUUAUUUACCUUUGGAUUUUAUUUAUUUAUUUAAAUCCUAAAUAAUCAGAUUCUAUUUUUUCAAUUGAUUUUGUAAAUUAGCUUUAGCUCUUUUCUGUUUGAUUAAUUUCAGUAAAGGUUUCCUGACGCUCUUGUGCCAAAUCUACUUGCGUCUUCGGCAACACAUUAAAAAACAAGAAACUGAAUACUGUUGCAGUGACAAGAUUUAAAAAGAGUCACUGCAUUUAAGUUGUUUUUGAAUUAACAUUUUUUUCUCUAGUGUGUUAUUUUGAUUUAGUCCAGUGAUGUUUUACCAAUACACAUUGAAUAAGCCACCAGAUGGAGUAAGGCAUUCACUUGAUGUAUAUUACUGUUACCUUUAUUCUGCUGUGGACAGCAAGCCAAGAUGUCUCAGAGCAUUCUGUCUGGAGACCUAUAGCUCUAACGAUGUCUGACACUAUCCCUGACUGUUUAACACACAUAACUGAACAAUAUAUUAAUACAGAAUUUAGUUAAUUUAUUUAGUUUUUUCUUUUGCUAAUCAAUCAAGUAUUGUUUGGAGUUAUGAUUAUUUAGCAUUUUAAAUUCAAGCAGAAAAAUACAGUGAAGAUGUACACAAACACAUUUGAAAAAAAUUGCAUGAUUAGUAACUAAAACAUAUCUAUAUGGAAGAUCUGAAAUGGCUUCACUAAAAGUUAUGUCAAGAAUGUUGUGAUGUGGAAUUCCGCUGUAGCACAAUUUCUGGGAUUAUGUCCUCGAGUGAAUAUUGUUGUUAUGACCUCGAGACAUCUUAGGGCUACAAACCAGACAAUACAAUAAUGGUUAGUUUUUAUUCAGUGUGUUGUGUUUGUGUGCUGUCGAUGUCGUUUCCAUUUCACCAAUAGAAAACUAGGAUCUAGAGCUAGGCUCCUGUGCAUGGGAAUCCUAUGGAGACUUCUGGAGUAGUUGGAUAGUUCUCAAAUUAAUGCAUUUUGGAUAAAGUGUGUAGCAUCUAAAUUACCAAGUCUUGAAGUUGCAAAUGAGGAUUUCAAACUUCAUUGCCGAGCAAAACAUCACAAGAACGUGUAAUGAUUGUGUCUUUAUGAAGGCAGAAAUAAGAUAGAAAAAAAUAUAUAUAGGAAAACAUGUUUCGCUUUCCAGACAUAUUUGCAUGAAUCUGUAUGUGCUGGAAAACAAUUGUGAGAAAAAAAUAUAUAUUUUCUGUUUUGCUGUCACAAGCUGUAGUAUUCUGUUCUUCACGCUUGUGUAUGAAUGUUGUACAACAGUUAAGUUACUUUCUGUCUUCGAAGUUGAACAUCUUCUAACACUUCCACGGUAAGGUUUGUAGAUAGGUGAGUAUCGUUGAAUUCAAUACACGCCACGGGUAGAAGUCCCCAUCCAAAUUCCUGCCUUAUCCAGAGAGGUGGGGAAAAAGGUAGUUCAGUGUCUGGGAGUAGUGAGAUUACUACACCUUGUGACGACCCUUGACCUUGAGUUGACCAAUCAACUUCCAGUACCGUUACAGACGGCUGUAGAAUUAGUGCUUUUUUUCUAGGUUUGUGGUCACCCACCCUGGUCCCAGGGGCCACUGGUUGUGCAGGCUUUGUUCUAGCCCAACAAUUAUACAUUUGAUUCAAUCAUCAGUUUCUGGAACAUGGGUUGGAAACCACUGCAGUGUAGCCAGUAGAGGGGUUGGACACAGAGGUUUCUGCAAAUUCAAUGUGUUGCAAGUUUUAGAUUGGAAUUCAUUGUCCAUUUGUUUAGUGACUUGUUUUAAUGCACCAUCAUGGUUUUGUGGAGUGUUAGUGAGUAGAUACACAUAGCGCUAGGAACUCAUGUCCCAUUUUGUCUUUGCGAUACAACUGUCUUCCCUGUAAGCUCUGAUUUAGUCUACAAUAAAAUGAAAACUCUUCUUGGGA